CUUGUUUAUGGCAUCACUAAUGAAAGGUGGCAGCAGAAGUGACAAGUCGAAAAUAGUCCUCGUUGAUAUGGAUGGAGUCAUAGUCGAUUACGAACUGGGUUACGAAAGAGCUGUAUCAGCAUUGUUUCCAGGCAUGGAUCUCAUACCUCGUGAAGAGAGGAAGGUCUUCUAUUCAGACGUGCAGUACUCGGAACUCUACCCUGAGCAUCGGGAGGAGUUUCAAAGAAUUGCAGUUACUCCUCGAUUUUUCAGAGAUAUGCCUAUCAUGAAGGGCGCAAAGGAAGCCCUGGAGAAAUUGAAUGGUAGAUAUACACUGUUCAUCUGCUCAGCACCUAUGACGCUGUUCCACGACUGUGUGAGAGAAAAGUACGAGUGGGUUGAGGAGCACUUGGGAUUCGAGUUCACCAAACAGAUCAUUCUUACCAGAGAUAAAACUGUAGUAUCAGGCAAGAUUAAUAGGUUAUAGAUUAAUAGGAUAUACAA